ACUGAACAAGACAGCUCCAGCAAGGCCUCACUGUAGACCUCUUAAGACACACCAGAGAAGCCAGGGAAUUUGGAGAAGAAAAAAAGAAGAUGAAUUCUGAAGAUGGUUCUGUAACAGAGAACAGCUCUUCACAUCUAGAGAGAGGGGAGAAGGACCAUGGCACCUCUUCAUAUUUACAGAACUCUCAUGAAGGCUCCAUUCAAGUUCCUAUCCCUUGGGCUGUGCUGAUCGUGGUCGUCAUUACUUCCUUAAUUAUAGCUCUAGUUGCCUUGAGUGUGGGCCAGUACAAUUGCCCCGGCCUGUAUACGCGCUCGGCAUCAUCUAACUACCACUUGGCAUCAUCUGACUACCGUGUUGCUUCCUGCAAGGACGAGUGGGUGGCAUACCAGAGGAAAUGCUACUUUUUCUCCACCACAACCAACAGCUGGGCCUCGGCUCAAAACUCUUGUUCUCAAGAGGGCGCUACUCUAGCUGUUAUCGAUUCCCAAAAGGACAUGAUAUUUCUGAAGCGACAUGCUGGUGAACAGGAACACUGGAUUGGGCUGAAAAAUGAAGCUAAUCAGACAUGGAAAUGGGCAAAUGGCAAAGAGUUUAACAGUUGGUUCAACAUGACAGGGUCUGAGAGUUGUGCAUCUCUGAACAAUACAGACAUUACCACGGAGGACUGUGAGGCAAGCUUACACUGGGUCUGCAGCAAGCCCUCCAGAUGACAAGGAGCCUUCAUCUAUAGAUGACUGCAUCAUGGUUCCAGAGGAAAGUUGUGUGACUGAAUAAUACUCUAUGGUCAAAUUUCCUGCAAAACCCUCACAGACCAACUUUACCUGAUCCUGGGACUCUUCCAGAUAGGACUGUGGACAACAGGGGGAGAAACUCCCAACUUUACCUGAUCCUGGGACUCUUCCAGAUAGGACUGUGAACAACAGGGGGAGAAACUCCAGGAAGAUCUGUACUGGGGUCUCCCUUGACCAUGAGCUGAAAAUGUCACUCACUGACUGAUAAUCACAUGAAAAAAUGAGAAGGUGACUAUGAAGCCUUAUAAAUGCACUUUAUAUUUUAAAUCUACAAUGAAUAAAAUGACUAUGUUUAGAGUUACUAUUUAUUGCUGAAUGACUGCGACAGCCAGUGCCUUCACGUGUUUGCACUAUUUGAAAGGGUUUGGGUGGUAGUAAAAGCUGAAUGUAGAUAUAGGAAAAUUUGAUUGGUAUUCACAAGUAGAUCAAUGCUUAGGAAACCAAGCUUUGCAGUAGCUCCCUCUAUUUACAGGCCUUUGCCACUUUUUAUUGUCAAUCGUUUUCCCCAAAGAAUAAGGGUGACCUUUUUUUAUCUUCCUCAGUGAAGACAGCUCAUUUUCAGUGGCACAUAUUUCUUAUGUCUUUAAAAAAUCCACUCUGUAGUGGAUUUCAAGGAAGAGAUGAAAGCAUAGCAUAUGAGGAAUAUUUGUAAAGCAGAUUUCAAAGUGCUGAAAAAAGUGCAAUAUGUGUUGUGGCUGACCCCUGUCAGGACCUGCACCAUGUGGUUUGACCCUGAGAUAAUUCCAAUAUUGUCAAAUAACCUAUUUGUGUUUUUCCCAGUCCAUAAUGUCACACGUAGUACUUUGUUCAAUGUAUUUCCUAUGUGCAAUAAAAUGUUUGUGUAUUUGUAUUUUAAAUCUCUGUAUAAUUUUAAGCUGUUUUAUAUGUGGGAAAAUAAAAGAAUUGACACAAUG